GGUUGAUUUGGACGUAGGUCGGUAAAUGACCUUGAUGAGACCUUCAAGUUGGAAUGAAAGACAGUGAGGGAGGGUUCUGCUUUCGAACACCUCUCCCAGUAUCUGGAUCACAGGACGGAACAUCGUUUUGUUCUGAAGCGAAACGACCUAGAUUGUGUCAUACAUCAUCACGUGUUUCAAGUGUUUACAAUCGUAUUUUCGAUCGGAAUAUUAAUAGCGCUAAUAAAGAUAACGAAAGUCAUUCAGCGUCGAACGGGUCUUUCUUUGGAAGCCUGUGUGGUGUACUGUUUACUUAUUAAGUGAAUUGGCUUAGUCACAUGGGCUCCACAUACAUGUGUUAUAUGUUGUCAUACCACAUAUAUUGUCCACACCUUUUAACAUUACCGUUUGCCGGUUUUAAAUCGCCAAUUCAUCCGGGUGAUGUUUGUCACUACUUUCUUCAAAGUUUACUACCAAACAAUCGUACACAAUCUUUGAAAAUGAAACAGUCAGCCGUGUUCAGUUCUACUCCGUUAAAUGGAAAUGUAAAGCCUUUAAAAAAUGGUCAAAUUCCUUCUCAAAGGCUAAUGUAUCAACGACUGUUAGAUAAAGCAUCAUUUCCUCGGACUCCUUGUGUUAAACGGUCAAACAGUCUCAGAGAAACAAUCAUUAUAGAUUUGGACGAUGAGAAUAAAAGUCAGCGUUUUUCGCUGUUACGAAGAUGUAAUCUCUCUCCAGUUCUUGCAAAUAACAAUAACAAUAAACUCCAGUCGUCAGUUGAACAAGCUGGUGUACAUGAUCGUACUGUAGUAGCAGCUGUCUCACCAGAUACUAGUGAUUCAGAAGUACGUGCAUGGCUUGAAAGUUGUGGAGAAUCCCCAUAUCUAUCAGACAGUUGGCUUAAAAAUUUAACUGCAAGUUAUCGUGAUAAAAAGAAGGAACGUGAACGUGACUAUGAAUUAGCUCAGGCGAAUAUACAAUUUUGGGAGAAACAGCGUAAUCUAGCUGAAAAAGAGCGUAUUGACAAUCUUGAACAAAGACUUGCUUGUUUGUUAAGAACUCCACCUAUCCUUGAAGAUCCGUAUUUAGUCCCCCAACCUAUUCCUAUUGAAUUACCAUACAAACCCCUCAAAGUUAAAGAACCUAAAGUACCUAGUCUACCAGUUUUAACUGCACCUCAAUUAGCUGAGGUUGAAGCGGCUCUUCGUACUGGCUCUCCAGAUCAGGUGUUAGCAGAUAAAUUCAGACUGGUUGUUACACGUCGUGAAUUAAUGACGUUAAGUGGUACAAAUUGGUUAAGUGAUAUGGUAAUCAAUUUCUACUUGCAGUUACUGCAACAUCGAAGUCAACGUCAAACAAAUCUACCUCGUCUCGCUGUCCUAUCAACAUUUUUCUAUGCAAAGCUGACAUCACCAAAUGGUGGAGGUUAUCCUGGUGUACGACGUUGGACUCGUCAAAUGAAAUUGUUCGAUCAGGAUAUUGUACUUGUCCCUAUUCACGAUAGAGGCAUGCAUUGGUGUCUGUCUUGUAUCGAUUUACGCGCCAAAAGUAUAACAUACUAUGAUUCAAUGGGUGGGGGAAAUACAAAGUGCUUAAAACAGUUGAUGGAUUAUUUAAAAAAUGAGUCCUUAGACAAAAGGAAUCUUGAACUCCCGGAUUCAGACUCUUGGGAAUUCAUUAACACAGAGGAUACAGUCCCACAACAGUACAAUGGAUCAGAUUGUGGUGUAUUUCUGUGUACAUUCAGUGAAUUUAUUUCUCGUGGUGCACCGUUCACUUUUAGUCAGGAUGAUAUGCCAGGGAUACGUAAACGUAUGAUGUACGAGAUAUUGACUCAACAGUUAUUAACUACAAACUUCAAAUUAGACGAUGAUCAAUCCACUUGAUCAGAUCUGUUGUUAUUAUUGUUAUUAUACUACUCAUUUGUGUAUGUAUGUAUGUAUUUAUUUAUUGAUCUGUUUAUUGUAUUCCACAUAUAUAUAAAUAUUCCAAUGUUCUUUAUUCCUUUUUCCCCAUCUCUAGCCUCUCCUUUCACCUUUUCAUCUCCUUUUUUUUUGUCGCUGUUUGUAUUCGUAUGUGUACGUGUAUGUGUGUGUGUGCGUGCAUAUUCUACAUGUAUAGAGAAAAACACUGGCUUCUUACGUUGUUCUUUUAUCUUUUG